GGGAACUUCAUCAAGUUCAUGCAUUGCAGCCUGACCAAGGCCAGCGCCGGCGGCACGAAGAGGCGCAAAGGUGCCACCUUGGGAGAGAUUGCGCAGCAGGCUGAGCUCAGGGGACACAUCCCAGCUUUGAGUUUGUGAUCUUUUCCACUUCUUGGGCCCUUGUAGUAUGAAGAUGGCAGGGGGAACAAGCGCUGCCAGGGGAAAGCGGAAAGCACAGGAUGAGGACGCCCACCCAAUUGCGGGUCCCUUCAAGGAGAUGCCUUUCUGGAGGAGGAUACGUGAUGUUGUUAUCCCUUACAAAGUUUCAAUUGACGAGCAAUUCCUCUCGCAACCAGGGAAUAUGAAUCCUUCUGCUUGGCGCAGGGUCGUGCGAUUCAGAGGGUAUCCUACCGUUCAGUUGGUAGUAAGCCCUGACGAGGUGGACGCUUAUGGACGGCGCAAGUUGAACUUUAGCAUUUUGGGACUUAGCAACGUGUCAGCCGUCGUCAGUUAUACGAAGGACAAGCAUUGGGGUGGCAUGAAAGAAGGCAACACCAUAUCUAUAAAGGCUGGACUUGGUGAUGUCACCAUCGUGUGGCGCGGCAUGCUACCCCUGCAGGAACAAGAUGACCCGGCCCCCAAACCUUUGAUUUCCCUUUUGAGGAACGAGGCAUCUAUAAAGAGAGCUGACGUAGUACUUGUCACCAAGAAUGGGGUACAAAGGGCGCAUUCAGAUGUUUUGGUUCAAGAGUCGGAGUUCUUUCGGGUGAGGAUAGAGCGUUGGAGUGAGGGAGGAGAGGUAAGAAUUGACGUGGACCUUUCUGAAGAAGCGUGCACUCUCUUGUUAGAGUGCAUCUACGGGGGCUUCCAUGAGUGCUUUAUCAAGGGGCUUGGGGCAACUCUUGAUUGGGCCUCGCCAGCUGUCAAAGAGCUGGCAACUUUUGCUGACUACACCAACGACACGGACUUGAUGGGCAGCUUGUUGAGAGCUGUGCCUAUGACAACCCUUGCUGCAGCGAUGAGUGUGUUGGAGUGGGAAUUCCCGAGCGGGGUAGAUGUUUUCAACGGGCUCACAGAGAGGGCAAGGAUAAUGGUCAAGCAGGCUGCGCAAGAAUCAAUGGACGACCCGGACAUGGAUGACAGCGAACUUUUAACGAUCUCAAAGGAGAUCUUUGCGGCAAAGAAGAGAAGGUUGUCGUAUGUCGGAUCAAGUGGACAAUCUAAUGGCUUUCACAAAUUUGGCAAAGCCCCCACGAUUGUCUGA